UGUGCAGUCCGGGACAGCGGUGGGAGCGGAAAGUGAUACAGAGUAGCAAGUGGUGGAGUGUCCAUUGUGUGCUCCCUCUCCGCGGACACCGGAGCUCCCGGCCAGCAGCCUCGCCCCGUGCAGCAUGUGUCUGGUUGUGCUGUGAGGAGCAGCCCGGAGCCCUGCCGAGGAAUGCCCGGCUCCCUGGUCACACUUGUUGCUGCCUAAGCAGGAGAUACGGUGUCCUGGGUCAUGAAGCUGAAUCCAACACAAGCUCCAUUGUAUGGUGACUGUGUCCUGACAGUGAGCCUCACCGAGCAGAGCGAGCUGGAAGACGAUGCUGUGUUCUACCUGCUGUUUGCCGGCUCCACUCUCAAACAUUUAGCAAGUGCUCGGAAAGUAGACUCUGCGACUCUGGAGACGGUCACCCCAGGUCAUGACUGCUGUGAGCAAGUAAAGGUCCUAUUGUUUGCUUCCAAGAAAGGCCUGUCUUUCAUAGUAGCCCAGGAGGACUUUGAGUUCAUCAAAGACGAAGCCUAUGAAUCUGCUCAGUUUUUGGCAUCCAGCGUUGGGAACCAGCAAGCUCUGCUAUUUGCAAAGUUCUUCUUAAAUAAAUCCAGAUCAUCUUCUAGGGAUGCAGCCAUACUGGAUAAGAAGAUCACAUUGGCUUUUCGACAUUUACGGUUACCCAGUGGAUGGAACAUUUUGGGAGAAUCCCCAAGUAUAACAGAUGGUCCUGGGCAGGAGACAUUGAUGCACUUUGCUGCAAGGCUUGGCCUCUGUGCAUUGUCAAAGUUUCUUUUGGAACAGCCAGGAGGGAGGACAUCACUGGCCAUUUCCAACAGUGAAGGAGCGACGCCUGUAACCCUCGCUUUGGAAAGAGGCUUCUUGAAGUUGCACCAUUUGUUAACAGAAGUGGACCCCCAGAGUAUUGACCUUGAUACUGAACAUUCUCAAGUUGAGCACUCUGGAGAUUUUGGGGUGAAGCACCAUUAUGGACUAAAUGUUUACAUUCUGACCAAGAAAUCCCAAGUAGAAGCACAGGACAUCAUGGAGGAGGACAUCAAGGAGCUGAGUGACUACAUCCAAAGUCAUUCUCCAUGUCCAGGUACAGAUGUGAGAAAACCGCAGGGACCAGCAUUUGAAGAGGCAUCUGAUGUAUUUAACCAGGACUUCAGGGCAUCUUGUGCUGAUGACACUGUGAACUCACAAGCAAGUACUGCAGUGUUGCAGGAAGAGGGUGAAGGUGCCAAGCCCUGUGGUAAAUCUGACAAUGAGGUGGAAACUGUGGGUGGAGACGUUGCAAGUUUGAGUCAAGAUGUUGAACCCAAAGAGGAAGAGGAGGGGAGAGAAUGUAUUGUGAAGGAAGAGAAUACAUCAGCUACAAACCAACACAUACCAUUCUGUUCCACUGAGGUAGAAGCUGCUGGAAAUCUUCUCUCUGAUGGAAACACAAAUGAGGAAACUGGAAUGACUUCAACUGGAAUUGUUUUGGACCUCAAAGCCCUGGGCAAAAGUGAUAAUGUAGAUGAGGAAAUGAUUGCUGAAACCGAGCAAGCCACACCAAUUGCAUUUGUGGAAGCUGCACACAAAGUCGCUGAUGUUCCUGAAGACAUCAAUGUGAACAUGGGGCAGUCAGUGUCUGGCUAUUGUACUAGUGCAUCACGCACCACCGACACAGUGUGUCACACCGGGAGUAAUGAACAGGAAGCAGCACUUCCGGGCCCUGUCUGUAAAGACGAUCAAUCUUGUAACCUUUCUGGUGACUGCCUGAGCCAAGGAGAGCCAAGUACAUGUUUAGCUUCUGAAGCAAGGCACUCGCAUAUUGCCCAAGGGUUAAAUGUUGUAGAUCGCAACGAGACCCGUGACUCUGAAAAACACAGUUCACAAUCACAAAACAGAACUUUGGAGCACUUUGCUGAUUGUUUAGUCCUGUCUGUGAAAAAUGAAAAAGACCUUGAAACCAUUGCUGAUAAUCUGGCGGCAUCAAUAAUAAGCACAAGCUUUGUGGAGUUGGAAGUUACCUCUAGUGAGAAAGCAACUGAGGCUUCAGAAGUUAUGGACAAUAAACCUCAAGAGGAAGUCUCCUCCGAACCUGUGGUAAAAGACUUCACAUCACGUGACUGUGACCAAACACAUGAGGAUGCAGAGGUUCCUCUUGCUAGUAUGGCUGCAGAAAAUACAACUCCUGAAAUACUAAUGAAGUCUAGUUCUCAACCUCCAUCUCAAGAUCUUGCUUUGUCUAAUAGGAGUGAAAAGGAGAGUGCAGAAAAUAAGUCAACUGCUGUGGGAGAAUUCAGUGUUGAGGACCAGGCUGUCAUGUCUGAGUCCAGCUCAGGUCUUCACGUUAGAGGACUGACUAAUGCAGAGCCGUAUGAGCAGCAGCAGAAUAGGAGUGAAAACCUAGAAGCACUGCCACCUGCUGGACCAACCUCCUCACUGCAGAUAGAUGAUAAGGGAUUGCCUUGUACUAAAAGCGAGUUACACACAGACUCUGACACUCCCUCCCUGUUUAAUAAUUAUGAAUGCCUGAAAAACCAGGAAGUAUUAGAAGUGGAAUCAGUUCUCACUGAAAUGCAGAAGGCUGCCGUGACCGCCACCAGAGAGCGGAGCCCUGAUGACGGACAGCUCACCUGUGCAAGUGACAAGACAGAUGGCAAACAGGACACUGAUGAUUUAGCUGAUCCUGUGGAUUACAAGCCACCUUCAGAGAAUGGAAAUGCAAGUGAAAAGGAAGAGCCCAAAUAUGUUGUGAAGGAGUUCGAUGUAGGGUAUGAUAGAAGUGAGGAUGACUCUGAGCUGGUGAACGUCCCAAGAGUAUCACUUCAGCCUAUAGCAGAGGAGACUUUACUUAAUGGUGAAUCCACUUCAGACACAGCCUCUAGUAAUGAUACCUCAUCAUCUGACGUCAGCGAUUCAGAAAAGUCUGUAGGUCCAGACGAAGAGCAAACCGUGGACCCGUUCUCCCAGGCGGUGGAUUGCUUAUCUGAUGAUGAAGCUGCUGUUGCUCUUGAGACUUCAUUUAUAAGUUCUAAUGGAGUUGCGUGCAUGGCGGAGGUCAGAGAAGUCUCGGGCAAUGAAAUUGCUCAGUCUUCUAAUGUCCCACCAGUCCAGGGUAAAGAGUAUUAUGUGGAGGCUCCUCACAUCCUAAAAGAAGACGACUCUGGUUUGGAUUUAUCUGUGAACUUGGAGGAUACUCUGUACCCUAGCAUGUCGGACACGGAAAUUGUCUCUGGAGAAUAUCUCGAUCCUAAAGUAGAUGAUGAAGUGGAUUUUGCCAAACUACAUCUAAGCCCCAGAACAAAAGUGAUUAAAAACUGCUGCUCCCUAACCCCAUGUCCACAUCCAGUCCUUCUUGAACCAAAGCAGACAAAUGACACCAAAGAAUGCAGCCAGUUUGUGGAGGACACGCUCAAGGCAGAACAUUCAUCUCCGGACACACUGAAAAGAGAUCCUGCAAGUGACUUGAACUACAUGUCCCCUGAGGUACUGGAUGAAACGAUCUUUACAAAGCUCGAAGAUGAACAGUCUAUGAUCAAUGCCGCCAGCUCUGGUUCAGAGGACACUUCAUCCCUAGAAAAGAACUCUUCCCAUGGAAGUGAUAUUUCCCUUUCCCGUGCCUUAUCGGAGCGAAAGCACAGAGACUUGGAUGGUAGUGCCGUGGCUGGAAAGAGGAUGCACUCUGAGAAGACAGGAAUGUCAGAGGUUGAAGAAGAGAAGGUGGACAAUGUUACAGAAGGGUCUCCACACACUGUUAAACCCAAGAGCACAAUUCGCUCUCUAUCUCCUUCCAGAAGACAUAGCUGGGGGCCUGGGAAGCACAAAGGCAAUAACUCUGAUAUUAGUCACAGGAGUUACAGUUUGGAGGGCCUCGCUGCCUUUGAAAAUAACCCAGCGACCACUCAGGAGCCCUCUUCUGGCCCUAACAGGCUGUCGGCAUCACUCUUCCUGGGAGAGGAUCGUGGGUCAUUAACUUCUUUGACAGAAGAGGAACAAGUUGAUCAGGGGACUGACAGAGCUGCCAAUCAUGGGCGUCAAGAGGAGCACUCUUUAGACUUUACAAGGAGCAGUCAUUCUGGCUCGGAGGACUCGUCUUCUCUAGAAAUGAACUCUUCCCAUGGAAGUGAUGUUUCUAUUUCUCGUCCUUUAAAUGAGAGAAAGGACAGUAACACAUUAAAUUUGGGGGAGAGAGAAAACGAGAAGACUGGAGUAUCAGAAAAUGAAGGAGAGGAGAUGGACAGGAUUACAGAAGUGUCUCCACAUGCCAGUCGCUCCAGGAGCGCCAUCCGCUCUUUGUCUCCAUUUAGAAGACAUAGCUGGGAACCCGGAAAGCAUAAAAGCAAUAAUGCUGAAAUCAACCGCAGAAGUUCAUUGCGAGUUCUGGGGGAUGUUAUAAAGAAGCCAGCUACUCAUAGAAGAAGUAUGAGCUGGUGUCCCUCAGAUGCACAAUGCACUUCUGUAGGUGGUGACUUUAAUUAUAGAAGUUACAGCCUGGAAGGCCUUGCUGAAAAUAACCCACCGACCACUCAUGAGUCCUCUUUUGUCACAAGAAAGCUGGCUGGAGCACUGUGCAAAGGAGAGGAUCGUGGCUCCUUGACUUCCUUAACAGAAGAAGAACAAGAGUCAGAUCAGAGGACUGGCAGAUCAUCCCAUCAUGCUGCCUGUGAAAGAUCUGAAGUUCAUGAUUUGGUUUACUCUGGUUCACUUGGGGCUCCUCGUCUGUCAAAGUCAAUGUCCCUAACCGCAAUUGCCAAUCCACUUGUGGAGGUCCAGGGUCGGAUACAACCAAAGAGGCGAAUAUCCUUCUCCUUCAGCAUCUCUCCGCUUAUUCCUAAGUCUAAACAUACCUUUUCUAUUGGCACCUCGUCCAGUGAGGACGAGUCAGAUAGCUCACGGGCAUUAAAUAUUGGCAGCAAUUCUUUGGCACACAGUAUAUCUGAGGAAUGCAGCAACCAGUUGCCACCAAGUCCCUCCCAGAAGGACCUAGAGGGCAAAAGUGUUACUAAAGUAAGCCGGACAUUUAGCUACAUCAGGAAUAAAAUGUCCAGCGGCAAGAAAACAAAGGAAAAGGACAAGGAUAAGACAAAAGACAAGGAAAAGGACCCCAAUGAAAAAAGCAAAGAGAAGCACAAAAGCAAUGGGCAUACAUUUGUCACUGCAACGAUGACGGAUACCCUAACAUGCAAAAGCUGCGACAAGCCUUUCACCAAAAAACCUGGUUAUGUGUGUCAAGAAUGUGGCUUGGCUGUGCAUAGAAGCUGCAGAGACGUCGUAGAUUCCUGUGCAAAGAUCAAGGAAGAAAAGAUUUUACAAGCACAGCAGGGGACUGUCACUCAAACCGUGGUCAUGAGAAAUAAAGGUUCCCAACCAAAGGAGCGGCCUCGCUCAGCAAUCGUGGCAGUAGAUGAAAAGUCUUUGAUGACGCUUGGCUUCAACGCCAGAAGACCGCAGACUGCUCUGUCCAUCUCCAAAAGUAUCUCUACACAAAAUAUCUCAGGGCUUGGGCGCGAUGACAAUCUUCUGGGCAGCUUGAGAGCUUUGUCACAAUCAACAGACUCUUUGCACAAAGUCAGUAAGGGCAAUGAGUCCAUGGAGUCGCUGAGUGAUGAAGGCACUGAUCUGUAUGAGGGGCAGCUCAUGGGAGAGUUUGAGAUGGACUCGAGGCAGCUGGAGAAGGCCUCUUGGAGUGAAGCAGUGGACAGCGGGUAUCUUAUGCAACAAAUGAAAGAUGUUGUGAAACGUCAGGAUGUUAUUUAUGAGCUUAUGCAGACUGAAAUGCACCACAUCCUCAGACUGAAGAUCAUGAAUGACAUCUACUGUCAGGGAAUGUCGUCUGAACUGCAGUAUGAGCAGCAAGUCAUAGAGAAGAUCUUCCCAUGCAUGGAAGAUCUGCUAAAUCUCCACACUCAGUUCUUCCAGCGGAUGUUGGAAAGAAAAAGGGAAUCUAUGGCUGAAAAAAGUGAGAAGAAUUUUGUCAUCAGAAGGAUUGGUGAUAUUUGCACACACCAGUUUUCCGGAGAAAAUGCAGAGCGUAUGAUGAAAACAUAUGGUAAAUUCUGUGGCCACCACAAGGAAGCGUUGGACUACUUCAAGGAUCUGCUGUCUAAAGAUAAAAGGUUUCAGGCCUUUGUAAAGAAAAAAAGUAGUAGCCCCUUAGUCAGGCGUAUGGGGAUUCCAGAAUGCCUGUUGCUGGUUACACAGAGAAUUACCAAGUAUCCGAUCAUUUUGGAGCGAAUUCUGCAUUAUACAGAAGAAAAUGAGGUGGAACACCAGUCUGUAACAUAUGCCCUAAGCCUGGUAAAGGAUGUUAUAAAUGGAGUGAACAACAAAGUAAAAAAUUACGAGAUGAAGAAGCGCCUCCACGAGAUCUAUAGUAAAACAGACAGCAAGUCUAUACAACGGAUGAAGAGUGGACAAAUGUUUGCCAAGGAGGAUCUAAAGAGAAGAAAAUUUGUUCGUGAUGGCCCCGUGUUCUUGAGGUCCAACCAAACCAGUAGAUCGAAAGAGGCCCUGGCUGUUCUGCUGUCUGAUGUGUUACUCUUCCUCCAAGAAAAGGACCAGAAAUACGUCUUUGCAUCACUGGAGCACAAAUCAACAGUGAUAUCUUUGAAGAAUCUCAUUGUGCGGGAGGUAGCUCACGAUGAGAAGGGCCUGUUCCUGAUCAGCAUGGUUGGAAAAGACCCUGAAUUGGUAGAAGUACUUGCCAGUACCAAGGAAGAGAGGAACAGCUGGAUUGAAACAAUCAAGGAAACAACGAGGACCAUGGAGAAAGAUGAGGAUGAAGGUGUUCAGAGUGAAUCUGAGGAAGAAAAAAGAAACUGGGACACCAAAGCCAAAGAAUUAAAAGAGCAACUUCAGCAAAAAGAUGAUCAGAUUAUUGGUUUACUUGAAGAAAAAGAGAAGAUAUUUCAAACCUUGGUGGACAGUAGUACUCAUGAAAAGAAUUUGUGUACGUCUGGAAGAAUUCUUUUCAGAGCGAACACAGAAGAGGCUCCACGAGGAGAGAGUUUAAUAAAAAGUGCAAUAAAAGAAGUUGAGACACUUCAGGUCCUGUUAAACCAGAAUCUGUGGAGCAGUAUAGUUCAGCAGGUUCCCAGUCCUGCAGACCUGGAGGCUGGAGUCGGGUCAGUUUCUCUACCUCGAAGAGCAGAAACCUUUGGAGGGUUUGACAGCCAUCAACUUAAUGCCUCUAAAAGUGGAGAGAAAGAAGAGGGAGAAGAUGGACAGGAUUUACGGAGGACAGAAUCGGACAGUGUUCUGAAAAAGGGAGUGAGUCCCAGCGUUAUGCUUAAGAGAAAUGGAGAGCACGUUCUCCAGACAGUCUCCAAUCUUCACAAACUGCUGAGUAACUUGCAGGCUGUAGUGCUGCAACAAGACACCUUUAUUGAACAUCAGAAGCUGAGGCUAAAUGAGAAACCCCUCACCCGGACCUACUCCAAACCAAAGUCCUUGACUGAACAGGAAAAGGUGGAGCAACUGCUACAGGACAUUGUUAAUCUGGAAAAGCAGCAAACCGACCAGCAGGUUCCACUUCAACCAGAAAAAUUGUCCAAGGCCCCCUCACUGCCUGACGGCACAGAUUCUUUAAAAAGAUAUAACUCUAGUGUUCCAAAACAGGAGCACCUGGACUGUAAACCCUCUGCUGUACCCAAAAAGGACACUUUGUCACGGACAGAGAGUAAGCAAAAGGGGAAAGGGUUCAGUUUGCUUGGGAGCCAAACUAACAAACCAGUGGAGGGCCCCGCCACCAAUCGCCUUUUCAACCUAUCAAAAACAAAGGACAAAAAGGAAAAAAAGAAGAAAUCUAAAGGAAACCACUGUCCAAACUCUGAGUCGGUUCAUGUUGAGGGAGUGUCUCAGGAGGAAGAAAUCUUCUGCUGAUGUUCCAACGGAGGAAGGCCUACAUGCCGAAUACUGUACAUACUCAUUCCACACUGGGAUAUUGGCUACCAUUUCAGAAAGACUGGCUAUGAGUGGAGAACCCCCGGCUCCUUUUACUAUACAGAGAAAUACUGCCUAUUGACUGCUCCUGAAAAAUCUCCAUACCACUCAUUCAAAAAGCUGCCAUUUUUCCGGAGCCUUCGCUAAAUAGAAUUGUGGGAGCUUAGCCAGGAAAGGUCACCAGAAAGUAUGCUUUCUGACCACGUAGAACUGCUUAAGGUACAGUGAUGUGCCAGAGGCCUUCAUUACACGUUCUUCAAUGUUCUAUACCUAUGGAAUAUAAUCCAAACCCUUUACAACACCACUCAGACGGUAUCAACCUGUAGUUUUCUCAAAGGCGCCCACCUAUUAGGCUCUGAAUACUCGCUGCUACUUUCCUACCCGUAGUUUUCUCUCACUCAUUCUAGAUGGGAUUGUGUAUUUGGUGAGAAAAAGAACGGUUAGUUGUUAUCUUGAUGUCUGAAUUAGGAAUAGAUUUCACCCCAAAUCAAAUGAUUUGCUAAAUUCUCGGCUUGGCAGUACUCUGUACAGAGGAGGAAUCAUCAUUAGCAUACUUGUGCAAAUCGCAAUUUAAUGUUGUGGUUUUUGCCAGUAGAGGACGCUGUAGCCUACACAAACUGGAGCUAGCCCGUUCUAUGCCAAGUAUUCCUCGUGACCACACAUUUUGUUACAUGAACUCGCUGUUUCAUCUCUUUUUUAACAAAAAAAUAACCCACUUUCUAUUAUUCCGUGGAAAGCUUCCUCUUCAGUGUAUAAUCUGAUUCAAUUGUGUCCAGUUAUCGAUGUCCCUCUGCCUGCACAAAUGCCGUCAGUCUCACCGCUGACACCAUUGCUCUUCUUGAUAUUUCCCAAAUACAGAAACCCCUUCCCCAUUUCACUUUGAUAUCUCCUUUAUUGCAUCUUGCAUGGUCUAAUGAAUUCCAGAAUAACAUGGGAACAUGUUUUAGGUUUUGUUUUUUAUAUUGUAGUAAAAAAUUUGACCCCUGAUGGUGUUUUUUUCGUAUUUUUUUUUUUCUUUUAAAAUUUUCAAAACGGAUGUAGACAUGGCUGCUGCCUUCUGCAGUGUCUCUAUAGUGAAUUGGGGGAAGUUUUUCCGUGAAUGAUCAAUGUGCUGGUAGUGUGGAUGUUAAAAAAUAAAAUAAAAAUGAAGGUGAUGAAUAAGAAACCAUUUUAACCCCCAAACCUUUAUGGCUUUUUUU